UCUCUCUCUCUCUCUCUCUCUCUCUCUCUCUCUCUCUCUCUCUGAUCAAGAUGGGCAGCUCCAUGCGAUUGUUUCCAACUAUGUUCCUGCUGCUGAUGCUUGUCAUGGCCACUGGUUUGAUGGUAGCCGAGGCCAGGACGUGCGAGUCACUAAGCCAUCGCUUCAAGGGAACAUGUUUGAGUGACACCAACUGUGCUUCUGUUUGCAAGACGGAGGGAUUUCCAGGGGGAGACUGCCGGGGAUUUCGUCGCCGAUGCUUCUGCAAGAAACCGUGUUAGUGUGAAAUGAGAGUUUAGACUUUCUGUCCAGGCUUGUGGAUAGAUACUAAUGGCAGUGUUAUUAUCCCUUUUAGUGUGCUUGUGUGUCUUCAAAUAAGGACCAUUGUGCCCUGGGCUUCGUUGCUCCUAGUGUUUGAUGGUCAUUGUGUGUGUUUUGUGCAAUGUUUAUCUUUGUUAAUGGGACUAUGAUCUUAAGAAAAGUUUGAGGAGAGCUUCAACCCUUGGGAGUUGUACUGCAAUAUUACUUCUUAUUCAAUAAUUAUGAUUGAAUUAAGUCCGUGAUUAAGUCUAUAUAAUAUUGCUCUCCUUAGGUAUGAAAAAGUUUUAUAAUUGAGGGGUUCCUAAUAAAAAUGUAACUGCUUAAUAAUUAGGAACAGGUAAG